GUGAAAAUCCAACAGCAAAGCGAAAACCGCCUUUAUUCCGUCCUAGGUUUCGAUUUGAGCCAGUUGCAUUUGUUAGCAGCAGCACCAAGGAGGAGGAUGAAGUGAAGAAAAAGCCAAAUCAAUCAGACAAGCCACGAAGGUGGGCAGAUUUAGAUGAAGAUAAUUCAAAUUGUUUGAUUAGAAUGGAGGAGAAAUCGGUAAAGGCAGAGUCUCAGCCCAACUCAAAAACGAGCAAAUCUAGCAAAAGUUCAAAUGGCCCACUGGAUCCUGCCACUUCUCAGAAUUCUAGCGCAUUUGAUUAUGACUCCUUGUACAAAACCAUCUUCACAGAUGGAGAGCAAGCCAAAAGUGGAAACUGCGUUAACGGGAUAAGCUGUUUAAGCACUUACAUGUCUAAAAUACAGCAGAAUUAUUCUGCUAAAUAUGAAGCUUAUCAUUCCAAUCCAUCAGAUCUUUAUCCAACAAUGAGGGGACCGGAUUUUUCCAAGACCCCAGUUGCCAACAAACAGGGCUACAAGGGCCUGGGCUUCACACAGACGAAACGGUCGAAGAGUAGAAAAUCGUCUAAGAAGAAUGCCAGCAAGUCAAUACUUCCAGAACCUUUGUCAAGCAAGGCAUCUCCAUCUGGUGGCUUUUCUCCAUCUGCAAUAAAGAGCAGACAGACUUUCUUUAAUAUGCUUCAGAUAUCUGUGUCAAGAAAGCUUAGUUCAAUUGGAGGCUUCAGUAACCAGCUAAACCAUAGCGAUGUGCUAAGCAGCUGUAUUCAGACAUGUAAAACAAAUCCUCAGUAUUUCUACGUAUCACUGAAGGAGAUCCCUCCAGCUGACGUACCAAAAAAUAAGAAAGUCUUGACAGAUGGCUAUGCCUGUGAGUUGAGAUGUCAGGGUGUCUACUUGGCUACAGGUUAUGCUGGCAGCAAAAUUGGAGCUCGUGAUAGGGCCUCUGAGCAAGCCUUAAAGUUGUUCCUUAAAGACGUGGUGGUUGAGGUUGUGAAGCGCAAGUGUAAAAAUAAUUGUAUUGAUGAUUUAAUAUUGUGUGAAAAAAACACCCCUCGAAAUGACAUUCCUCCUGCUCUCAAAAAACCAGAUGAGAAAAUCCCAAGCAAAGAAUCUAAAGAUACAGCCAAUAAAGGAAACGAAACAACUAAACAGAGCAACCGACAUUCAAAGGAUCUCAAAAAGAAGCACUGGAUGGAUUUUGUCAUUUUGGAGACGGCAAAAAAUGCUGUCUGCAUUCUGAACAAUUCAGCCCAAUUUAACAGAAUGACCGUGGAUUACAAGUUUCAACUGACACCCAGUCAGGUCUGGCAAUGUCGUGUUUUUGUUGAAGAUCACUUUAUUGCUGAGGCUUAUGGAACCAAAAAGUUGGUGAAGCAUACAGCAGCAGAAAAAGCUUUGACAAUACUGAGGGAAACCCAACCUGUUGUAAAAUCAAGCAAACCAGGAAACACUGAUGCAGCCAUCUCUCGAAGUGCAAUUCUGGGAAGAUCGGCUGAGGAAGCUCUUAAACAAAAGAUCACCGAGGACAACAUUGGCAAUCAGCUUUUACGGAAAAUGGGGUGGAAAGGAGGUGGUUUAGGAAAAGAGGGUGAAGGUAUUGCAGAGCCAAUCAUAGUAAAAGAACAGUUCAAGAGGGAGGGCCUGGGUUUAGAGAUGAGCAAGAGUGGUUCUAAAUUAAACAAGCGUGAUAUAGAAGAUCUUAUCAAAAACUAUGCCCGUUCGGACAAGCAGGAAGAACUGACCUUUUCCAAAGAGCUAACCAACGAUGAGCGAAUGCAAAUCCAUCAAAUGGCUGCAAAGUAUGGGCUCAAGAGUAAAUCCUAUGGAAAAGGAAAGGAGCGUUAUUUGGUUGUGAGCAGAAAAGUCCGUGUAGAUGAUAUUAUGAACCAGCUUGCACAAGAAGGACAGGUUGGCCGAUUUGAAUUGGUAGUGCCCGGUUCUUCAACUUGAUGCAGAACUCUGCCCAAUUUUUUGUUUUUAUUUAUGUGCAGAUUUCUUCCGAAGCAAGACUUUUUCCCCAGUAAUCUGAAUUCAGUUAUUGUAAAUGGUUUCUCAAUUGCAAUAGAAGUUUAUCUACAUCUAUUAUUUACAGUUUUGAAAUCGUCAUCAGUGAGGUAGAUGUUCAAAACAAGGCAUCCGAAAUGAACUGUCUCAGUAUUUCUGCAUCACUUUUUUUCCUUGUAUAAAGAUAACUGUCUGUGUUAUUUACAAAAAAUGGUAAUAAACUGCCACUGUUCAAAUUACUAAUGAGCUAAUAACUGUUUUGAUGUGGUUCAUAUCAAUUAGGAGGAAGUGGUGAAAUACAUUAAAAUUAUGACAGUUAAUCUUGAAAGGUAGUGUAUUUUUUUUAAUCCUGUUAUUUGUUUUAAAAUGUAAGUCAAGACCUAAGCUUGCUUCAUCCUUCAUAGUCCCUAAUCACUAAUGGACCAGUGGAAAACUGUUUGCAAAUAAAUUACAUUUUAGAACAGUUUUUUUUAACUGCUUUGAUAGUUCCACAGUGCAAUAUUUAAAUUCUAACUGUCCUUUUACAGUGACUCUCCCUCAACAUCCUGUAUUCAUCCUGUUUGAUAUGUCAAGUAGCAUUCUUUCUCCUCUACUCACCUCCUUGCUAAAAUUUGGGUGUUGGGUGCCUGGAUACCUUGCUGAACUGCUCAUUCUUCAUGUGAUAUGUACUGGGUGAUUGUAUGAUCUUUGAAUGUAGUGGAUAUUGGAGCAUGCCCAGUAUGUCCUCAGCCCAUAUACGUACAAAUGCACUUUCUAGAUAGGUUCCUGCAUCCCCAAAUCCUCCUUAACUCAGGAUGUUGAGGCCAAUUUUAUCCCAGCCCUGAAUGAUCAUUUGGAACCUUGAUUGUUUGUGUAAGGUCGCUGUGAACAUCCCAAGAUAGAAUUGUCAUUUUCUUUUGUGGAUAACAGUGCGUGUUGGGAGUGUUGAAGGAUUAGAUUCUGACGUGUUAGUCAUAAUGAGCUUCAUUUAGUUCUGCACUAGGACACUGCUGAGAUUAUCACUUUGUAAAUAAUGCUGGUGUGAUGAAAAAAUCUCUUUCUCUUAAUGCUCCAUCAGCUGCUGGCUAAGUCAAAGCAGCAUUGAGCUAUAACGUGUGCAGAAUAUUAGUCUGCUUGCCCACCUAACUUUUCAAGGGAACAACAAGGUUCUAGUUGGUGUAUUUUUGGUGUAUUAAAUGGCAGUCCAGAAUAUCCUUUUGUUUUGAAUGGAAUAAAAUAUUUUUUAAAAUAAGCCUGUCACUCAAAAAAGUGGAUUAACUUUGCAUUGCUGCUUAUAUAUCU